AUGGAUAAAGUUGACGACGUAGAUAAUUACCUUGCAAAGCAAGAUGGAAUGAUUAUACGAGAGAGAGAUCCACGCAUGUGUCAUCAUGGCACACGUCAAAAAUGUACCUACUGUUUACCGUUAGAUCCGUACGAUGAAGAUUACCUCAAAAAAAAGGAUAUCAAGCAUAUGUCCUUUCAUGCAUAUGUGCGUAAAAUGACUGCUGGUCACGGUAAAGGAACGCAACUGAAAAAACCACUAGAAAAUAUUGUUUGUUCACUGAAACCUAACUGUCCAAGUCAUAAACCGUAUCCACAAGGAAUAUGUAGUAAAUGUCGACCGCCGAUGGUUACACUUAAUAGACAGCGUUUUCGACAUGUAGACAAUAUAUCAAUUGAAAAUGAAGAAGUUGUGAAUCGUUUUCUUGCAUUUUGGCGCAAAACGGGUCAUCAAAGAAUAGGUUAUAUGAUCGGACGUUACGAAUCUUUUCAAGAGAUUCCGCUUGGGAUUAAAGCAACAGUUGCUGCUAUUUAUGAGCCACCGCAGUCCUGUUCGGCCGAUUCAGUAUGUUUAGAAGCCGAUCCACAAGAGAAAGUGGUGGAUGAACUUUGUUCUUAUCUUAAUUUGAAACGCGUUGGUUGGAUUUUCACUGAUUUGUGGUCUGCAGAUUCAUCUAAAGGCACUGUUUAUUGUACGCGACACAAGGAUUCAUUUUUCUUAACUGCACAGGAAUGCAUCACAGCUGGUUGGUUACAAAAUAAAUAUCCUAACAUAACCACUUUUUGUACCGAUGGAUAUUUUGGCUCUAAAUUUACUACUGUUGUUGCAUCAGGUAAUGAAUGGAAUCAAAUUGAUUUUAGUGGUUAUCAAGUUUCUAAUCAGUGUGCUUCUCUUGUUGAGGCAAAUUUGUUGUGUCCAACCUCUCAUCCUGAGCUAGCUUAUUUGCGUGAAGUGCCUUUAACUCCAUCACAGUAUAUCACUGAUGUCUAUUAUAUGGAAAAGAAUGAAUACGGUGUUGAAACAAGAAAAAAUGGCCGUCCGAUGCCUGUUGAGUAUUUGCUUGUUGACGUUCCGGCAGGAAUGCCAAAGGAGCCACACGCUACGUUUAACAUUUCAAAAAAAUGUUAUUUUCCAACUGAGAAUCGUAUUUUAAUUGGUGAAUUGCAGGAUUCGAAAGCAGUUGGUCGAUACAUAUCUGAAUUUUCACAGAAUCAGUUUAUUGAAUUGGCAACUAAUUUCCAUUUUCUUCUUUUCCUUCUCAAUAAUGAUAUAGUAAAGUUUUCGAAGGAAGAAAUAAAAUCUCUUUGCGAUAUAGUUCAACAGCAAGACCGAGGUAAAGCGAUGGAAUGGGCAUCUGGAAGUAUCAAUUGGGCAACAUUGUCAACAUUAUGCCUUCAUUCAGUGCAAGAGUCAUCAGCUACCGAAUCAAGCACUAAAUGGUCUUGUAAGCAUUGUACUUUUGAAAAUUCGGUGGGUCGGACAGACUGCUCUAUGUGUGGUCUUCCUCGAUCAGAAACCUGA